AUGAGCCAGCGGGCUGCCAUUGAUGCACAGCGUGAAGAACUUUUUGUUUUGUUGUCUAUGUUUCCGGAACUCAUUGUGUCUGCUAAUGGACUAGCACAACCCGUGAAUUGUAUUGACAGUCUACAGGCGAUCACAGAUGAUGUUUACCCACUUCGGUUAGGUAUCUGUUUGCGUCCGAAUAUCCGACAACCAACCAAGUCACAUACGUUAAACAAACGCGUCACGCGAUCCGUUGUUCUUAACGUGGUUUGUGAUCUUAAUUACCCUCAAACACCUCCGUCCCUGCAUUUCAAAGAAGCAAAGCGUAUACCCCAGGACGUUCUCAACGAGCUGGACCAUCGUUUGCAAGAUGUUCUCAUAUCAAACAAAAACCAGCUGGAAUGGGAACGAAAAGCCGAAAGCGAUUCGCAACUAGCUAAGAUAUUUGAAACUGUCGGUGGUGGUGAUUCCGAGUCGCUGGAUCCGAACAGUGUCCCAGUCACUCCCAGUCCCCCAGUGUGCCCCUUAACACGGCACACACGUCUAUGCCCGUUAAACGUGAAGCGAUUACUACCCCGAGCGCAGCUUACCUCUCAGUCGGGUUCGACCGAGACCAAUAUCCUUUGUGUUCAACGGGGUGCCUGUUUAGACGGUCCUCAUGAAAAGCCAAUACGCACACCAUCCAAACCGAACACCACGAAGCCCCAUAUUUUCCCCUGUCGUGCCCGGUUUGAUGGAUUCACCUGUGAUACGGGGCAACCGCUUCGAAUUGAUGAAUGGCUAAUCCCAUCUCGACGUGGUCCAAAGAGUUCCGACUGCCGUGACACGGCAAAACUGUUGGAGAGUCUCGCCCCGCAACUAGUUUACCUUACUCGUUGCUCAAAACCACCGGAACUCUGUCGCGUUCUCGGCUAUCAAUAUAUCUCAAACGGAUCCCCCUCCGGUGAAUCGAUGCGCCCCGGCAGUGGUGGUGGAUCGGCCGAUUAUUCUGGUUGGUUUGUUGCUCAGCUUGUGAGUGAACGUCCCCGAGGCACAUGUUUGACCACACUGGUGAACGUGCUCACCGAUCGUACCGGUGAGACAACGCGUUCGUUCGCCUGGAUUCGGACAGUCACACAACAACUGGUCGAUGUGCUCAUCUGGUUACACGGUCAGAACAUGAGCCAUCGGGAUUUACAGGUCAGUUCCUCUCGGAUAGAUUUUCUCUUUGUUCCUCGCUGUGUGUGUGUGUGUGUGUGCAAACUAAACCCAAGUAUACGUUACACUGUACGAACUGUUAUUAGUUUGUAUAUUGUUAUAAUAUAA